CAAGCGCUCUCACAAAGAGGCGUAACUCUGAAGCUGGUAGGACCAACUCGCUUGUCUCUCUUGUUCCUUCUUCAGUGAAGAUCAGCGGCGAGGAUGAGCGACGAAGACGUUGCAGCCUUGGUAGUGGACAAUGGGUCCGGAAUGUGCAAAGCUGGUUUUGCUGGGGAUGACGCCCCCCGAGCUGUUUUCCCGUCAAUUGUCGGCAGACCUCGACACCAGGGGGUGAUGGUGGGUAUGGGCCAGAAAGACAGUUACGUAGGAGAUGAGGCCCAGAGCAAGCGGGGUAUCCUUACCCUCAAGUACCCCAUCGAGCACGGCAUCGUCACCAACUGGGAUGACAUGGAGAAGAUCUGGCACCACACCUUCUACAACGAGCUGCGCGUGGCUCCCGAAGAACACCCCGUUCUGCUGACAGAGGCUCCACUCAACCCCAAGGCCAACCGUGAGAAGAUGACUCAGAUCAUGUUUGAGACCUUCAACUCUCCAGCCAUGUACGUCGCCAUCCAGGCCGUGCUGUCGCUAUACGCUUCCGGUCGCACGACAGGCAUCGUGCUGGACUCUGGUGAUGGUGUGUCCCACACUGUUCCGAUCUACGAGGGCUACGCUUUGCCACACGCCAUCAUGAGAUUGGAUCUGGCAGGUCGCGAUCUGACCGACUACCUGAUGAAGAUUCUGACCGAGCGAGGCUACAGCUUCACCACCACGGCCGAGCGCGAGAUUGUGCGCGACAUCAAAGAGAAGCUGUGCUACGUGGCGCUGGACUUUGAGCAGGAAAUGCAGAUUGCCUCCUCGUCCUCAUCCCUGGAGAAAAGCUACGAGCUGCCUGACGGACAGGUCAUCACCAUUGGCAACGAACGUUUCCGCUGUCCGGAGGCACUGUUCCAGCCCUCCUUCCUCGGUAUGGAGUCCUCGGGCAUACACGAAACCACCUACAACUCCAUAAUGAAGUGCGACGUGGACAUCCGUAAGGACCUCUACGCUAACACCGUGCUUUCGGGUGGCACUACUAUGUACCCCGGAAUUGCAGACAGAAUGCAGAAGGAAAUCACCUCCUUGGCUCCACCUACUAUGAAAAUUAAAGUCAUUGCACCCCCUGAAAGAAAAUACUCUGUCUGGAUUGGAGGCUCAAUUUUGGCAUCUCUGUCAACCUUCCAGCAGAUGUGGAUUUCCAAACAAGAAUACGAUGAGUCUGGCCCAUCCAUUGUUCACAGAAAAUGCUUCUAAACUUAGGCGAAUACUUUAUAGAAUAAUUUAUAAUGACUGUCAAGAGAGUAAAACGCUGUAGGGUCUAUUGAAAAACACAACAUACAUGUACAACAGACCUCUCAAUGCUGGCCAUUAUGGGAGAAUAAAAUAUAAAGAAAUACUGAACAUAA